AUGCCUUUCAGGAUGCUAGUGGCACCACUGCCACUGCAUUUCCUGUUGGCAGCAGUGAGCAGGGAAAACAGAAGCGGAGCCGGCAGCGGCCAAUGCAGAAAUAGCUCCCGCGCGAUCCACUGGAGCCUUCCCAGGCCCCUAAUCCCGGCUCCCUGGGCUGGCACGUUGAGUCAACAACAACAGAGGCCACCGCGGGGACAGGAAGCACUUCGCCCCAGACCACAGUCCCGGCACAGCUCAGAGGGAACCGGUGGGGCGUCCAGUGCGCCCGGACGUCUCAGCGCCCCCUUGGGCUCGGGCUCACCCUCGAGGGUUGGGCUGCGGCGGCCCGCGAUGCCAGGGCGCGCUCCCCUCCGCGUGGCCGGGGGACCUCUGGGCGCCUGGCUGCUGGGAGGCCUCUGGGCCUGGACGCUGGGCUGCCUGUGCGGCCUGGGGACGGCGGGGUCCCCGGGGGCGCCGCGCCCGUGCCAAGCGCCGCAGCAGUGGGAGCCCAGAGAGUGUGUUUACACACAAUUUGUUGGAAGAAACUCAAAAACUUUUUCAGGUAUUAGCAGCUUUGCCAGGAAACUAGAUGAGAAAAAGAAGAGACUACCUUGUUUCAGAUUAUUUGAGUAUAUUCUGCUCUAUAAGGAUGGAGUGAUGUUUCAGAUUGAACAAACCACCAAGCAGUGCUCAAAGAUGACCCUGACAGAGCCCUGGGAUCCUCUCGACAUUCCUCAGAACUCCACCUUUGAAGACCAGUACUCCAUCGGAGGGCCCCAGGAGCAGAUCACUGUCCAGGAGUGGUCAGACAGAAGAGCAGCAAGAUCCUAUGAAACCUGGAUUGGUGUCUAUACAGUCAAGGAUUGUUAUCCUGUCCAGGAAAUCUUUACCAAAAACUACAGUGUGAUACUGUCCACACGAUUUUUUGACAUCCAGUUGGGCAUUAAAGACCCCACAGUGUUUACCCCUCCAAGCACUUGCCAGAUGGCCCAGCUGGAGAAGAUGAUUGAGGACUGCUCCUGGUGAACCUGUACACACAGAAGUGAUGAUGUUGGACCUCAGCUGCCAGUGGCCCCGGAUGCAGACAGAUUUGAGACUGCUUGGGAUGAGAAUCUUCAUUGGAGAGAAAUAUAUUUUUAGGAUGCAAGGUUUUUUGCUAUGUCUGAUCUUGAUUACUCAAGCUAUGUUUACAGAAGAAAAUUAGAUGGAGAGGAUGUGAUAAAAUGAGCUGACUAGGUGGCACUUAUGAACACUGUAAAUAUUUCCAACACCUAUCUGGGCCUGGGUUUUCUGUGUGUGCAGGUAGAUAUGCAGUUCAGUGCCACACAAAAACGAGAAGUCAGGAGGAACAAUUUACCUUGGCAGGGGACAGUAUUUACUACUGACAUUGUUCAAAAUUGUGAGUGAGAAAAAGAAGAAUGAUUUUGAUCAGUUUCAUUAUUAAUUUCUAAGUUCCCUAUGGACAAUGCCCCUUCUAUUGCUGCGCCGGGGUGGAGACUGCUACCACUGACCCCUUACACCACCCUGCCCCUGUGCUCCCAUGGUCAUUGACGAAAUGAACUCUUAAAAUCCCUUCUGGAUCCAAGAGGUUUAUGGCAUGACCAAUUGGUAUAAAUAUUUUUUAAGGAAAUGAAAGACUAUACUACAAAGUAAUUAUUUCUCUAAAGAGACAUUUUAAGCAAAAGGGUUUGGAAAAUUCUAAUGUCUGCAUCUGGUUAAGCACACGCCCUGUUUCAUUCCUUUUUUCUAUGCAAGAGUAUUGAUGUAUGUGCUGAAUCUUCAUAGACCUGUCAAUAGGCCGGCAAUGUUCUAAAGUAGCACUGAACUGGGAGUCAGGAGACUAGAAUUCCCUUGUACUCUAACUCCUUGGGUUACUAAAUGCACUAGGCUUGUCCUCACCUUGGCCUUCCUGGGACAGUUUCACAACCUUUUUGUCUAUCUGACUCCUCUGCUCCUCCCUCCCUGUUCACCUCACUCAUGAGAGCUGCUCCCAAGCCUGGAUGAUUUGCACCCUGAUGCUUGAGCAUGCAUUUUCACAGUACUUAUUACAUUGAGUGAUAUUUUCCUGCUACCUGGACACUAUCAUCCACUAUCCCAACUAUGAGCUCCUUGAGUACGGGUACAGUGUACUGUUUACUAUUAUAUCCCUAUCACCAAAAAAGUGCCUGGCACAUAGUCAGUGCCCAAAACAUUUGUAAAGAAUGCAAGCAUCUCUGGGUCCUUGGUUUCUUCAUCUGUCAAAUGGGGUUGCGUUUGUCAAUCAAUAGGGAGAAUAAAAUUCACCAUUCUAAAUUCUUCUACUAUUUAAUCUGCCCAUCUAUCUUCUUUAGCUACCAAGAGUAACAUCUGUGUUUCACUGAAAACAAUCUGUUUUGCUCACAAUUUAUGCUAUUUCAAUAAAGAAAUUGAAUUGCAUUUCAGAGCAUUCUUUGAUAUGUUUGCUUUUGUGAAAUAUAUACUCGUUUAUAAUGGAAUUAAAAUCUUUCUCUAAUAAA